AUGGGAUACAUGCAGACACUAAUCUUUAAUAUUCUAUUCGUAUUCAUAUUUCAGUUGUCAGUCCUUCGGGAUCCCAGUGUCAAAGCCGUCCGACCAUCACAACCACCGGUGCUAAAUGACAAGUUCCCAAAGAUAGGGACAUGGGAGAAGCAGUCAGGAGAAUAUGAAUUUGUUAUUAGGCCACCAAGUGAGCUUCUAGGUUCUGGCUUUAGUAACAAGCGGAUGGUUUUAGAGCUCGCCAAAACAUUUCUAAAGGAGAUCGAACCAUACACCCUCCCUCCUCGAAAACAUGCGGUUCUCGCGGGAAAUAUGCAGCGAAGAUAUAACCAAAACUUCGAAAAUCUACACCCUCGGUACUCAAGGAGCUACGAUAUCGAUGCCGACGAUAUCCACGUUCCAUCCCAUGAGCUUCCCGAUUAUAAUUACACAGAUAUCCCCACCAGUGGUACAUAUACAACUAGCAACAGCACAUAUCAAAAUCGUCAAAAGCCGAGCUCUAAAGUCUUACAUAAGCGGGGAGAUGAGCCAGGACGAGGGGGGAUGAGUCCGGAAAUUGAAAGACCAGAUCUGCAAUACGAGGAUAUGAUAAAGUUUUCUCUGCCACCCGGCAUUGAAUUUAAUGGAGAAAACCCGUGGCGAGCCUGGCGCUGGAAGAAUGCCGGCGAGGGUGUUAAGAUGUACUACCUUGAUACGGGAUGCGAUCUAAGUCACGCUGAAUUUGAAGGUGUGGAGCUUGAGUGGCUCUAUCCUAACCGUGAUGGCCUUGACGAGCCAGGGGAGAGUCCUGGAUAUUUUUAUCACGACAAGUCGACGAUUUUCGCCCAUGGCACUACUACCCUUUCUAAAAUUCUUGGAAAAUCGAUCGGGGUUGCUCCGAAAGUCGAUGUAACCCUUGUCCGACUAGAAAUGACAAUAUACGGACGUUCUAUAUCGGGGAGUGUAAUGGUCAAUGCCAUGAUGAUGACAUAUGACCAUAUUGUCGAAAAUAGGGCCAAAAUGAAAAAACCUUGUGUAGUAGUAUCUUCAACGGCGAUGAUCUUGUGGGACAAAGAGAGCCCUAUCAAUCGGUACAUUUGCAAACUCUGGAUUACAUCUCUUCGGAAAAUGGGUUGCUAUGUAGUGGUAGCAGCUGGAAACGAGCAAGAAGUAAAUGAUCAAGGUUUUAUCCCACUCACUACGUACCCCCGACUGCUUGCUGGAGACCCCGAAGUGGACAUAAACCUCCUUGUUGUUGGCGGCCAUAACGAUGAAGGGUUCAACAGGUUUGCGUUCAAUAAAUUUGUUAGCAUCUCCGCCCAAGCAUGGAAAGUAGUCGCCGUAAAAGCAUAUCUUCCUGGCGAUGGCCCCCCUGACGGCGAUUGGUCCGGCUCAUACCAGUAUUUCCAAGGGACAUCAUACUCGACACCAGUAGUAGCUGGACUUUUAGCGACCUUCAUAUCACAAGGUUACAAAUACCCGCUUGAUUAUCUCCUCGCAAUCGCUAAAGACCCAAUGAAACCGGGUGAGCCGAAGCGUGCAUUCAAUGGUAUAUGGCCAGAUUUGUGGCCUACAGCUCGGAGACCGGAAAACUACAAACGACCUCCUUUGAAAAACCCCGGUGUAGCCGAAAAGUGGGCGGCGGGCGAUGAUAACCAAAGGGGUAUAUAUCGAUAUAAAUAUCCCAAGACUCCGACCCACUCUGAAGCGGAUAGUAUCAAAAAUAGCUUAGCUUAG